CAAGAAUGAGAUUCCUGACAGCAUAAAGAUACUGGGACCUCCUUGGACCAGGCGUUGUUAAACGUCUUUAUAGCUUGCGUAGAAGGCAGGUAAAACUGCGGACGGCGGACACCCUCCUAAUCCUAAUCCUAAGAAGAUCCCGAGUCUGCUAUCGCGGGAUCUCUUGUUCUUAUUGGCGCAUAGGCUGCCUUGCCAGUAGUGCCAGCAGGAUGUUGAGACGGUGGUUUUUUCUCGCUUGCUGCACUCUUGCACCGGUAAUAUGCUUUGGUUCUGGCAUCAGCGGUUCAGGCAUCUUCAAGGGUCGUGACACUCCGAUUUCCCGCUAUCAUUUUCCAGAGAGACUCUGUAGUUCUUCCGAUUCUACCCCGUCAUUCGUGUCUACGCCCGCUUGGGGUUUCACUGGGUAUUCCGAUGUUCCAGGAAGCUGGAGUAUUUCUGGGCAAGAAGAAGUUGAGGGUGCUACUCCUACUCCUUUUCCAUGGAAGACAUCAUCUGCUGGAACGGCUACCCAUCGACAUUUUGUUCAACAACAAGACGAACCAGGUCCUCGUCAAGGUGACGCCACUCACAGUUCUCGAGCUCAAGAUGUUGACGUCCUGGUUCCUCUCCCUGGUGUUCUUGGCACAAAGACAAACAUGCACAUGGAAAAUUCUUGCCCAUCGAGCACUUCGCAGUCCAGUGUUUGGGGAGUCGAGAUGGUAGUGAGACUUCGGCCGAUGCCAGGAGGUGGCACCGGAGGCGGCGAUGAGCAACAAGCCCCAAUCGAUCCUCGCACAGCUGCAGAAGUCUUAAGUGGAUCGACAGCGAAACUUUACCUAGGCUCGUCGUCGAACCUAGCACCACUGCAUGCACAUCAGAGGACCGGCACAACUGCUCGUCUACAGCAGCCUAUUCUUGUUCUAGAGGACAACUCAUCUCGAGUUUUCGGCGGUGGUCGUGUGAGCAUGGAACAUCAGAAAACCGCUGCAGAAGACCUGGAUCAGAAGAUGCCUCUGUUUCAGCGUGUUGACGACCCAUAUGAAUGUCGCUUUUUCCGUCUUUCAGACCAUCUUCGAGACUCUUCUUUCAAUCAGACUUCUAAAUACACUUUCACAUUAUCAUCAAGGGGAAAAGGAGCAGGUUGGAUCAUGGUCUGACAGAUGGAAAAGACGACAUCCAUAACCCAGCGGAUGCUGUGGACUGGUGGCGGAAAGCCAAGGCUUGGCGAGAGUUUUUGAAGAGGCAGCGAUCACGGCGUCGGCGCCUGCGUGCCAGUAGGGCAGGAGCGCAGUCUCAGGGCGUGCGACGUCUUGUACUGUCUUCGGACGACGAGUCGGAUGGUACUAUGGCUAGAACAAGUGUACCUUUCUCUUCUUGCUCCACCUUUGUCGUGUCUAACCGUACUAUUGAGAUUACGAGCAUUCUGAUUGAGAUUUCGUUCCUUUUAUCAUUAUCCUGUUGUAGAAGCUCUAAUGGCGGCGCGCGUUCCGAGUUGGAAGAAGAGGCUUUGCGCCAGGAGUCAGCCCGCAAGAAGCCGCGACAAGGUGUCACGAGUGUGCGGCUUGGGACGCAUUCUGUAGAACUGAAAUGGGACGCUUUUGAUCUGAGCGAAGAGGAGAAAACCAAGGUCUCUUUGCAGUUCCGACACGUAGCUCCUCCUUUUUCGGUGCAACAUGCUGCAUCUUCUCCUGUGGAUGGAUUCCAGAGGAUGGAGUCCGCGUCCAGAGGACGUCAAGCAGAUGCAGUCGCUGCACCAGCUGUUCCUGCAAGAAGAUUGCUCGAGACCGGAGUUUUUUACGGGUCGCAAGAAAAUCCGCACAAUCCAGGCACCAUGGUGGAAGUGUUUUGGCGGCCCUUGGUCGAUCUGCUUGCUGGUAGUGGUGUUUACGAGCUGCGCAACGCGUUCUACGAAAAUGCGCUUCGAUCCGGUGCAGACCACGUAGUCGUACGGAAAAAGGAGCCAGCACUGUCCUCUGGGUGGAAAUCGGCAGCCAAAAUAGCAUCAGCAGUGAUUUUCCUUCUAGUACCUAAUUAUACUUCAGAACAAGACAUUGGCGGGCCUCCAUCUGACAACUCUGAGGAUUCCGCAAUAUCCUACCAACGCCUGAAGUUCGCUAGGGCACUCGGAGCGCGCGUCCGCCAGAUCGAGGAGAGCCUGUCGCGAUCGGGUGGAAGAAGUGGAGGAGCGGAGCCUUGGGUUUUGGUGCACGUGCUCGAACGACCUAGCUUUCAUUCUUAAGAGCAGUCAGUCACUAUCUGGAGGUGCGGACUAGGUUGCUGGGUAAGUUGGUUCCCCGUUUUUUGAAGUCCAGGGGAAACGAAUACCGCUACUAGACCGAAGUGCUCUUCAAGGAUAUCACAAGAUCAAAUACAUCUUCUGGGGAUACAACUUCUUCAUUCUAUAAUAUUUGUGAUAACCUAUGGCAGUCUGCACUGAACUUUGUGCGAGAUUAAUUGUAUUGUAAUGUAAUCAGGGUGCACCUUCCAGCGCAACACCUUGAACCUUGAACCUUCCAGCGCAACACUCCACUCAAACAGGGAUAUCACAGUGAUUGCCUAGCUCUAACAUUCGGCGUCUCGAGGACCUACAAUGGCGACAGCUGCGACGUUGGAAGCCGCGCGUGCAGCAGUCAGUACUAUGGCGAAGGUUGCGGGUAGCCGAUCGCUGAACCUCCGUCACCUGGAGAUCGCAGCGGCACCAGAUUUGUUUUUAGACAAGACCUCUUCUAGUGGUCGUGCGGCAUCUGAGGAUAAUGGUCCUCGUCGUGAGGACGAUGAGGAGGAUUUCGAACAGGAGGAGCGUAGUUCUAGAGGAGAGGUGAAGACCACUGACCACUUUAUAUCGCCACCGGCUGAGUCCGAUAAGCAGUUGCUGCAGAGCAUUGCGUCAGAGCUACGCCGCACUCGGCUCUUGGGCGAUGCGUCGGACGAAGAAGCUGCUCACCAGGAGGCGGAGACCGACUUGGCGUUAAAGAACAACAAGGACACGACGUCGCGAACAGCGAGCAUUCCUCGUGGGACGCGUGACAAAACAGGGCAUAAUCUCCUCGACGCGGAGCAUGACCAAACGUCUCCAAGAGAGGUUCCCCGUUUCAAUCUGGGCGAGGACACGGCCAAUGGAUUGGGUACUGUGCUGCGUCGUCGUGUUGGCCUGGCAGAGCAGCUCCACAUCAAAACUACACCAGAUGAUGCUCCACCACCCGCGGAGUCAGCAGGUCGUGAUGCUCUACCCGUGGAGACUCAACCCAUUGAUGCUCCAUUCCUGCCAACUUCCGUCCCAACUCCUGCUUCUGCUCCAACAAGUGGUUUGAGCACUCCAUCUCCUCCAUCUCGUGCCUUGUCGCUACCGCUUAAAUUAAGGGUACACGACCUUUAAUGUGCUUUUCUUACCGCUUUUUAUGCCUCUCUCAUCCUAAGGGGGAGAGAAAGGCAUAACAAGCGGGGGAACCCGCGAGCACCAAAAACCUACCUGAUGUUCUGAAGAAUGCAACUCCGCAACCUCUAAUUAAAAUAUCGAAGAACAAGUUCCCGUCGUUGGGGGGGCAGUUGAAGAAGUCCCGGGAAAACGGGUCUCCCACUUCGACAGAAGAGUCCGAGACGGAUCAAGCGACAGGCACACCUGGAUCCCGAUACUCGCACGCCACCUGGAUCCCGCUCUCGAAAUCUCCCUCACUGAACUCUCCUAUGACGGCGCACGCCCGUUCCGCCAGCGAUUUUGCUUGUGAUACGAAGCAACAGAGGAAACCCGAAUUAAGGCUCGAUGUAUCUUUCCAACAUUAUUUUCUUCGGUUUCCUUCAUCCAAUUAGACUAGGAUCUUCAUUCAGAGGAAAUGCUUUCAGGGAAAAAAUUAGAUAAUCGUGACUCUUGAUGUACUAGUUGCAGUUCUUUACACGAUAUUAUAUUACUAAUCCUCUGUGCUGCCUUGUUUUGAGCUCUAAGCGAAGAUAAGAGGCGGAUACUAGAGAGAGGCAGAGCUGCGACAAGGCCAGUGCCUGGGAAAGUGCCAGUCGCUCUCGAAGUAAUACGCAGAGAAGCACUUCGUGUCCAGCCAAAGCGAUCUGUACGUCUUCUCUCUCUCCUCUCGCUGUUUCUCGAUCGGGAGGAGGUACUUUUCAUCACUAGGAAAGCAUGACUUCGACGACGACUACAUUCAAGUUUUAUCGUCUUUUUCCUAGGUAGGGCUACAUCACAAAUUAUUGUAAGUGGAAAACCACCAUGAGAAAGUAUAAUUUUUAUAUAGAAUCAUCAAAAUCCAAAAAAUUUUUCAAGAAGUACUUAUGAUUUUCACCAAUUUUUCAAGUAUGGUUUCUCAGGAACGUGACGCUGAGUGCGAUUCGGGGAAUGCGGAAGUCGAUGCACGGCGUGCAUGGGGUAGGUUUUUGAAUCAAUUGGAGGCGGAUGAUGAGUAUUCUGAGGCAGAUUUUUUUCGCAUACUAGUGGAUCUCAUUUCGGAGAAGGACCUUUCAGUGUUUGCGACCGCAAGUCCAGAUUCAGCAGAUCUGCUGCAGGAGGCUUUUUAUAUGGCAGGACUUACAUACGCAUAUCAGCCGAUCAUGUGUUCCUUCUUGUGCAGCUAAGAAGCACAAGCAGGAUUAGAGUAACAAGAUGAAUGCAGAUACUGCAGUCUCAUAGAUACUGAUGAGUAACUACAGAUGAAUGUUGAUUGUCCAUAACUUUUGUAUAUAAGGACACGAUACUGCUUCUACUUCUACUUUUCGUUUUCAUAUCAGCGGAUUCGGAGGACUGGAGCACUGAAAGUUCUUCGGAAAAUCAAUCUGGUUACGCGCAUACGGUGAGUACCGUUUUGUUUCCCGGUGUUGGCGAUCCUCAAGGAGAUAGCGGCGAUGAGCAUCACCACCAGAUAGGGACUAGCGAAGCAGGAAAUAUUAAGGCACUUUCGUGGUGUUGGUCAGGGAUGAAGUGGAUGAAUCUUGAAUCUGCAGACACUUACUUUUUAUUGUUGAAGGCGGUUUUCAUCGUGUAUAUAAAAGUAAUGUGUACUCUUCAUCCAGUAGGAUAAAAAAAGUGGCCAUAUAGAACAAGAGAAAAUAUCCAUGAAAGAAGAGAAAGUACUGGCCAGAAAUAAAAGAGGGAGUGAGGAUGAUCUAUGUACUCUCAAUCCAUCAUUUACAUCUUCUAUCUCUCUCUUGCAAUUAAAGUCCACACUAAUGAUGGCGUUCGGGCAAACGGUACCGCAAUGAAUGGCGGAGUGUUGGCACUACGACCGCGCGUGCAUAUGGACUCGACUUAUGACAGACUUUGUGCACAUAGACAUAAUGUACACCGUUUAGUCAUUCAUGCAGCUGUCUGUUCUCUACUAGUUUCUUCUGAAUGUUGUGUGUAUCACUUCUGCACGUCGGAGCUCACCUAAGCAAUUCCUGUAGGAUAUAGGAGGACAUCAAGGAAAAGCUUUUCAGGACGUUGAUCGUGUACCAAGAAAGCUAUAGAAAUUUUUGAAGCCGAGAGAAAUUGUUCGUUCGUCUUUCUCUGCACUAACAAUUGGGAUUGCUAGUCGAUGCACAUCCGGGAAGUGCUGUUGUGGAGAGCACGCACAAGCAAAUUGCUACGCAGUUGUUGCACUUGGUAGACCAUACACUUCGUGUGGCGUCUUGUCUUAGGAAAAUGUUGAACUUGGUGAUCAAGAACUUCGUGUCUCCUUCGUGUCUCCUGAUGACCCUUGGUAGUUCUUCUUUUUCUACUUGAAAAAGAAGCACCUUGCUUCCAAGGAUCCUAUUACAGUACUCUCAAGAAAGAGGAAGAUGCAAGGACCGUACUAGUUCUAACGGUAGCGACACAGAUAAGGCUGGCGGAGUGAAGCUGCCUAUUAAGAUUGCGUUUUCACAACCGGAAACAGCCACAAUCGAAGAAGAGGUGAUGGUGGAGGUGUCGACACUCAGGAAUCGACCAUUAGGGUUGAAGUGA